AUGCUGAAAGGAGUUCGUCUGUUUUGCCGACAAGCAUCACCCAACAUAUUUUGCAGAUUGCGACAUGUCGAAAAUUUAUCGAAAGAUGAACCGAUUCGUUCUCCCGUUCUUGGACGUGACUCGACAGUAUCAUCAGUUUAUAAUUUUCCUGCUCUAUCAAAAUCACCGGAAUGGUUACCAUCUGUGAAAUAUGCUGUACCGGAUGCAAACCGAUAUGAAACAAAUGUGACGAGGCUUGAUAACGGUCUUCGAAUUGCUUCAGAAAAGUUAUUCGGUGAUUUUUGCACGGUUGGAGUUAUUAUCUCCGCGGGACCUCGAUACGAAGAGAAGUAUACCAGCGGAGUUUCACAUUUUCUCGAGAAAUUAGCGUUUAUGUCAACGAAAAAAUAUGAAAACCGUGAACAAGUCAUUGAUUCAUUACAUCAAGUAAAUGCUAUAUGUGAUUGUCAAACUUCACGAGACAUCAUCAUAUAUGCAUUGUCGUGUCGGACAAGUGGGAUUGAACGUGUAGUUGAACUACUCUCUGAAACUAUAUUCCGUCCACGAUUACUUCCCGAAGAGAUCGAAGGUGCACAAGCAGCGGUGUUCAAUGAAAUUGAUGAUCUGAAAAAUCGACGCUAUGAUCCAACACCUCUUCUGACUGACAUGAUCCACGCUGCUGGCUAUGGAAAGAAGACAUUAGGUUUACCAAAAUACACGCCGGAAGAGAAUAUUGGACGCAUAGAUGCAUCGAUGAUAAAGUCAUAUAUGAAAGAAUUUUAUCAGCCAGAACGAAUGGUUCUUGCUGGUGUUGGAAUUGAUCAUCAACAGCUGGUUGAUCUAGGAAAGAGAUAUUUUUCUGUGCCGAAGAAUGAGAAGAAACCUGGCGACGGACAAACCUCCACUGAAACGAAAGCUGUAUGGACUGGUGGUGUUCUCACAGACGAACGUGAUCUUAGCCAUUUAUCAUUCGGUGCUGAUCCUUUACCAGAAAUAGCUCAUAUUGGCUUAGGUUUCGAAGCCCCAUCUCAUAAAGAAGAACAGGAUUUUGUCGCUGCUUGUGUAUUGAGUCAACUAUUAGGCGGCGGUGGUUCGUUUAGUGCCGGUGGUCCUGGUAAAGGACUUUAUUCUCGUUUUUACAUGAAUGUUCUCAACAGAAAUGAAGAAAUCAAAACAGCUAUAUCGUACAAUCAAGCUUACACUGAUUCUGGUUGUUUAUAUUUCCAUUUUGGUGGUUAUCCAUCCUAUCUGAACAGCAUGAUCGAUGUUGCAAUUCGUGAAAUAGGUUAUCUCGUUUCAUAUCCACCUGAAUCCGUUGAACUUGAACGAGCCAAAAGACAAUUACAAUCCAUGUUGUUCAUGAAUUUAGAGCAGCGGCCAGUUGUCUUCGAAGAUGUUGCCAGACAAGUACUCUUUGUAGGCAAACGUCAACAAGCUGAUUAUUAUUUCAAUCGAAUUCAUCGCAUUCAAGCUGAGGAUGUUCAUCAAGUUGCUCGACGCAUAUUCAGUACACCACUUGCAUUAGUCGGUCUUGGCAAAGGUCUCAAUCAAAUGCGUUCAUAUGCACAAAUAUCCGAUACAAUUCAACGACAAUUAUCGCCUAAAACACGCUGGCGUAUUUUUGGUUAA